GCAGUCGCGCGCGGCCGCCCCUAGCCAGCGGACGUCACCGUCGUGGACGCCGUCGUGAGGCUGGCGACGCAGCGGGGCAUGACCGUGGACGAGAUGACGGUGAGCGACAAGCUGGCGCCCGCAGCCAUGGUGAGCCAGCAGCAGCAGCAGGCGACGCGCUCCCGCUUCAUGAUCACCGACAUCCUGUCGAGCCCGGGGUCCGGCGCCAGCGGCGGCGGAGGCGGGGUCGCGGGUUCGGGCCCCGUGCACGGCGCGAGCUCGGCGUCACCCUGCUCGUCGCCCGGCUCGGGAUCUGAGGGCCCGCGCGACCUGUCGCUGCGCUGUCGCGCCGCCCACGCCGCCCACGGCGCGCCCCCCGCGCCGCCCGACGCCGACCUCAGCGACGGCCACGAGAGCGGCACCGACUCCGGCCUCGCCGCCGACUCGCACUCCGUUUGCUCCAAUGGACACAAAGAGGACGAGAGCAAAGGCGGUCACGGUUCGAGCAGCGCCCUGGCCAAGAAGCAGCGCAAGGCGCGGACGGCCUUCACCGACCACCAGCUGCAGACGCUGGAGAAGAGCUUCGAGCGGCAGAAGUACCUCAGUGUCCAGGACCGCAUGGAGCUGGCCGCCAAGCUCAGCCUCACCGACACACAAGUCAAGACGUGGUACCAGAACCGCAGGACCAAGUGGAAGAGGCAGACGGCGGUGGGCCUGGAGCUGCUGGCGGAAGCGGGCAACUACGCUGCGUUCCAGCGGCUGUACGGCGCGCCGGCCGCUUACGGCUGCUGGCCGUACGGCACUGCGGGGGCAGGGCCGGCCGCUCCGGUGCCGGCCGUGGUGUCGCCCGACCUGUACUACCGGCAGGCCGCCGCCGCCGCCGCCGCCGUCUCCACGCUGCAGAAGCCGCUGCCCUACCGCCUGUACCCCGCCGCCGGGCUCGGCCUCACUCUGCCCGGCCCCGGACCCUCGCACCUCGGCUCGGCGUCUGCCUCGCUGUCGUCGCUGUCCAGCUACUACCAGCAGCAGCAGCAGCAGCAGCCGCAGGCGGCGCGCUCGCCGUCGCCGCCGCCCCCGCCGCCCCCGCAGGCCGUGGUGUCGGCGGAGGAGGCGUCGGCGCUGAGCCCGCACGCGCUGCCGCCGCGCAGCCCCGCCGUCUCGGACCCCGACGUGGGCGCCGCUUCGGACCUGCACGCCUGAGCGGCCGCCGCCGUCCUACCGACACCGCCCGCGCAGCGGCCGUCCACACACCAGCCUAGUGCUAUAUUUUUUGAGACGACGCGAUCAAACUGAAAAUGCGACACUACUUAGUAAGGUGGACUGAGUUCGAUAUUCGUUAUCCCGUUAAGUGGAAGCACACGGCGUUAUUCAGAUUCACAGGAACGUACUCGGACUUACGUUUCGGUAUUUAAACAGAACAGGUUGCUAUGAAAUAGACUACUAAAACACUACCUCGUCUUUGUGACACGAUACGUUUAUUUGGUGGUUAAAGAAACUUUCUCUUACUAUCGAAGAUAGACGAACUCGACAAUUUAUUAUUUCAUUCCCGCCUAUUUCUUGUCUUUCCUUUUCGUAAGUUCCCGCGACAACUUCGUUGGUAUUCUGCUCGCGUAGUUUUCACCCUGCAUUAGAUAACGUCCUCCGACACAAAACAAUUUCUGUGUAAUUCAACGACAGACACUCGUAACCCCACAUAUUGUAGCCUAUACAUUUCGAAAUUGUACCCUCUUUCUUAGAAAACCACUCAAAAAGUUUAGUAAUAGUCUUUACCUUUCUUUGGUUUUUUAAACGAUUUAAUGUCUCACCGAGCGAUAUCAUUUUUCGUGAUGAAUAAGUCCGCUCCGGUUGUCCUCGAUAAAUAAUUUUUCUGAAUAAAAUCGUUCACACGACCCGGGUUUCAGGAUGUAAAUCCAAUCUUCAGGCGCUAAAAAAAAAAAAAAAAAAAAAAAAAAAAAAAAAAAAAAAAAAAAAACUGAGAUUAGUCAUAAAUUUAAUUAACCUUAAAUGGCCCGAACAGACGUGAACAUAGGUCAUACCUUGAUUGCGUACGAGAAAGUCGUACCAGUCAUAUAAAAAAUUCAGCAAAUUUAUCAAGUAGCGUGCGAGUUCUAUUGCGGGUGAGGCAUGAAAAGGUUCUCUGAGGCAACCAGUACCACGCAGGGUAAACGGGGCCUAACCAAAAGAACGACGAAUGUAACAGCAAAUAAGCGCACGUGGCCAGCCUAAUGUAAUCUAUGAACCAACUGCGAACGACAGGGCUUAAGAAAUCAAAAAGGUGGCAUAAAAGCCGUAAAACGCCCCAAUUUGUGAACCUCAUAAGCAGCUCACCGCACGAAUGCUCAGAAAGUCGCAUGUCGUGCAAUCUCAGCAAGAUUGGUCAUUAAAAUUCCGUGCGAACCGGAAUGAGGCACCCGAGUAGACAUAUUCGUCAAGGGCACGAGGUACCACCGAAAAAAUCUUCGCUAACAACACGGCCGCACUCUCAUGUUUCCUCCCAAACUCCAAAUGUCUGCUCGUUUGCAAUUGGUUCGUGGGCUGUAUUAGAUUAGCAACGUGUACUUAUUUGCUGUUACAUUCAUGGUAUUAUUAGUUAGGCCUCGUCUAUCCCAUGUGGAUGACUCAGAGAAUCUUUUCAUGCCCCACCCGCACUGGUUCCCGCAUGCUCCUUCACAAAUUUGCUGGAUUUUUUACACGACUGGUACGACUUUCUCGUAUACAAUCGAGGUGCGACCUGAUGGUCACGUUUGUGUGGCCCUUUUUACUGUUAAUUAAUUUUGUGAUAAUUUUUCUUUUUUCUUUUGAUGAAGUGACUGAAGAUGGGAUUUAUAUACUGAAGCCCGGGCCAUAUCUAAGGUUUUAUUCAAGUAAAGGAUUUAUCAAGUACAACUUGAGUGGGUUUAUUCAGCAUGAAAAACUUCAGCGAUAGUUGUAGAUGUCCCACAAAAGAGUCUAUUACGAAAGCAGUAUCAUUUGAUCACAUUUCUUACGAUUUCCAAAAUUCUAUUUUUCCGUGCAAUAUUUAUAAGAAAAUCGUCUAAUCCAACUACUGCAAACAACUGACAACUCUAUCGUCUGCAAUACCUGUAGUAGUUGACUCAGAUCAGUUAUGCAAAUAUUGUGGGCAGUAAUGGAAUUCUCAGCUCAACUAUUAACACGAAACAGGCCUCAAACAAUAGCACCAUCAGUUCCCCCUGAGUCCUAGCGAGAUCAUUUUCUCUGGAUGUAUCCAACUGUCCAAUCACAUUUGCAUCGUAAAGGAUCAACCCCCCCUGGAGAAUUAUUUUGUCAAAUCGACAGACUUUGCCUCAAAUUUCGCCUCUUCCCUGAGGUUUUACUCAAAGCUUAAGGCAACUGGUCGAAGUUUUAUAUUGCCGUUACCGACUUUUCAUUAAAUAAUAACGUCCGAAAAUGUGGUUUAUGUCAUUUAACUUAUCGUGGCCCAACAUGAUAGCAAACCUUAUGGGCGUAACGUCUGUUCUCGGGGAUGAUAGAGUAACUUGACCACGCCGCAUCAAGUGUGCGUUCCGUCAGUCCUGUGUACUUUGUUUAAUUCAAAAAUUAAAUUGGUAUCUUGCUGUGAAGAAAACUCUGGGUUCCCCACAAAGAAUUUUUAACAUUUUACUGAUGAAUAUGUCAGUAAACCAGGGAUAGCGGUUAGUUUUUAAAAUAAACGAGCUGAAUGAUACUUCAUCGUGGUUAAACGUUUUUACAUUCUGAAUAUUACAAAAAAGUUUACUCUCCUCAGCAGAACUACCCUCUUUAAUGCUUCUUGUUAUUAUUGGCUUUCCUACAGCAGACAUUCUACAAUUCACUUUUUAAAUUUGCCUUAAUGUGUCACAGAGUGAAGGGUGUGUCAGGGCAGUUCCUCGACAUUUGAACUUUUCAUUUCUUCGAGAGUAAGUAUUAUUUUUGGUGUUCCAAACACGUCGCUGAACUUAAAAUAUUUACUUCAUACGAAGAGCACCGUUAACAAAGAAGAGGUAUCUAUGUACAAGUUGAAAGCUGUGAUCCUGGGUUAGGAAUCACUGUUAUCAUUAAACACGAAUAUAACACAUUUUACAAUAAAAAUCACACCGAUAUACUUCCGUGAAUCUAUAAGAUGCAAGGGAAAUACAUGGAAGCGUAUAAACGAAAUGCGUGUUGCUCUAUGAAUCAAAAUGUACUUAAUCUUAAUAUAUUAGUGUUUCCGUACGUUCUACGAAAUGUUCAAACGUGGACAAAAUUGUGAAGAAGGACUGAACAUUAUUUUCUGUAAAAUAAUGUAGAUCUAAUUGAAAUUUAUUUAUAAAUCCUUAGUUUGUAAAUCUAGAAUGAUAUAAAAUUAAGAGGCGGAUAGUGCAAUUUUGGUAUAUGAUAUUACCUUAACCAUAUGCAUCAAAAUAACGUUGUACUAAACUGAAGUUUUUUUAAUUUAUUUAUGUGUCGUUUAAAAAACUAAUUUCAGCUACUUAGUUACUCACACGAGUCGAGAGAUGUAUACGCUGCUGUGCCACUAUUAAGUAGGACGACGAUGAACAAGUGUAGUGACUAAGCGUGAUAUAAUCUGCCAGUGCAAUUUUAAAAUACUGUGGAGGAUCCACACUUCUGCAGGCACAGAGGACAAGCCAUACAGGAAUCAUACUCACAAUCAAUAUUAACGAUACUUGAUGCUCCACUGCUUCCAGCACGAGGAUUCCGUGUUUUGCAGUUGGGUUUUCGCAGUAACAAACCAUCUCUACGAUAAGAAUGACGGAUCUGCUAUAAGUUCAGACAUAGCACUAGUUUUGUACACCGGAUGCCGACAUAAAUCAGCGAGAUCGAAAUUUUUUUCGUUCUUCCGCGUACAACUUCAACAGGUGUUUCGGAAGAUUCCUCAUUGAUUCCUGUAUGACAUGCCUCGAUACAGUAAAUGUCUUAAAUCGCCAAAGCUGAAUGAAGCACUCUGUAACUUCCUACAGAUAUUAUCAUACUACUUUCCUGCUGUUUUUGUACGCAUUGCUGUGAGAAUAUAAAAUGAAUAACAUCAAAGGUAGACUAAGAUGUGUAAAUACUGUAUAUACCACGUACUGUUUAUAUUAUCAAAAUUGUCGCUGUGUGUUACGUAAGCGUGCGGCAUCCACUGAAGGACUCUAUGAGUAAUCCGCUAAACCUGGCACGUAUUCGACGUAGCUUUGUUUUCGGCUGUAUAUGUUCUUAGAACAAUGUGUUUUUAGUAACUGUGUGUUUUUAUAUGAGAAUUUGUUUCAAGUGUAGCAUAUUCUGACGUUUCAUGCAUUUCCUUGUAAUCUCGAUAUAUCUAUGUUCACCUCCAAUAAAAGCUGUUGGAAACGUA